AUGUCGUCGAAUCGCAACAGCAACGACUAUGUAGGGGAGUCCUUCGAUGAUGCCCCCGAACACCCAGAGAAUCUCAAUGUCAAAAUUCCUCAAUCCUCCUCAACCAGGUCAUUGACCGACAGUCCACCUAUCGGUACAGCCCCUUCUCCCGACGCGACGGAGAAGCCGCCUCUCCCUACUGCAUCGCAGGACGAGCAGCAGGACGACGGGACUGACGGCGGUGAAACCAAGAGCGCUAAGAAAAAUAAGAAGAAGAACAAGAAGAAGAAGGGAAAGAAUCAAGACGAGGUCGAAGAGCAAGAUAACGACACCGUGGAAGAUGGCCCAGGGGAUGCCGUGGAAGACACCGUGGACUUCGAGACCGUCGGAGAAGCAAAGGGCGGUGACAACCAGGACCAGAAGGAUGAGCAGGCUCAGCUAGAUGGACCCCUGGAGACCGAAGAGCUGGGAGAUGGGGACCGCACGCCCGGGGAUGAGUCGGUCGCCCCCAACAUUACGACCCCAGACAUAACGAGACAGUCGCCCCCGGUCCCUGCCAAGGAUGAUGUCGCUUCCCCGCCGAGCGGAGGCCUCAUGGGCUUGUCUGGAGCUUUGCCAUCUUUGCCUUGGGGACCGCCUCCAGUGAACAAGAACCCUCCUCCUCCUGCUCCGCCCCCUGCGCCCACCCGGAAACCAAGCGGGCCCUUUGCGUGGUUCUCCCGGAGCUCGACCGGAACCAAAGACAUCAAGUCUCCCCAGUCUACCAGUCGACGAAACACUGCCAAUUCCGUUUCUACACUCGCAAGCAACUUGGAUCGAUCCCAUGACGGUGAAGAUGGGGACUCAUCGAGCGUCAACUCGAAGAAGCCGCGGAGGAACAGCCUCAAGGACCAGUUCAAGCUGCUGCGCAUGCGAGAAGAGGUCCACGCCCAUGGCCACGAGAACGAUGAUGGCAGCGUCCGAUCUGGUCACGCGAGCAUUAGCCACGCUGGAGCUAGUCCGCCUAUCAUCCCGGAAGAAGGAGAGGAAGGCAUUCUGGCCGCUCCUGCACUCGCCCCGGGAGCAACAUCCCCGGCGGGGCUCAGUCGACGAUCAGCGCCGCCAAUGACGCCUCUACGCCUCUCGGAGGAACUGAAUGCGGCCAUCAAACGGGGUAUCCCACAAACUAUUCGAGGUGUCAUCUGGCAAAUAUUGUCCGAUUGCCGCACUGGUGAAUUGGAUGAUAUUUACCGUGAACUCGUCGCGCGGGGAACAGACAAGGACCGUCGCACACCCGAUCUCCUGAUUAACGGCACCACCGAAACAUCCUCAUCGCGAUCAUCCAUUCGGUCUAACAACUCGGGCUCCGCAACACAACCGACGAGCACCACUCCCAGUCCAUCUCAGGAGAUGGACCCUGAGAGGCUGGCCAAAGAACAGGCUGCCAGUGAAAGCGCCCGCGCCAAGAAGGCCAAGGACGAGGCUGCUGCAUUGCAAAAAUUGGAGAAAACUAUCCGGAGAGAUUUGGGUGCGCGGACAAGCUAUUCGAAGUACUUCAUCUCCCAGGGAAGCCAAGAAAGUCUGUAUGGAUUAUGUAAAGCCUACGCUCUUUACGAUGAAGCUGUUGGAUACGCCCAGGGCAUGAACUUCAUCGUCAUGCCUUUGCUUUUCAAUAACGAUGAGGUCGAUGCCUUUGAGCUGCUCGUGAAAUUGAUGAAUAAGUACGGCCUUCGUGAAAUGUUCAUUGCGGACAUGCCUGGUCUUCAUCGCAGCCUUUAUCAGUUUGAACGACUACUGGAGGACCUCGAACCAGCUCUUUACUGCCAUCUCCGUCGUCGUGGCGUGCCCCCGCAAUUAUACGCUACACAGUGGUUCUUAACACUAUUCGCCUAUCGUUUCCCUCUGCAACUUGUCCUUCGCAUCUACGACUUGAUAUUUGAAGAGGGUCUUGAGAAUACCAUUGUCAAAUUCGCCGUCGCGAUCAUGCGCCGCAAUACAGAGACGCUCUUGGGAAUGAAAGACAUGGCCGCCCUUACAACGUUCCUCAAGGAGCGCAUCUUCGACGUGUACAUUGAUAAGCAACCAUCCGCAUCCUCAAUUUUGGAAUCCGGCUUCUUCGGCAGCUCCGGCGCCGCAGAUAAGGGAAUUUACCGAUCAGACAUCCUCGUGCAAGAUGCUUGCGACAUCCCACUCACAAAAGAGAUGCUCAAUUCAUACACAGCCGAAUGGGAAGAAAAGACACGAACGGAGAAGGAGCGCGAAGUCGAACUCGAACACCUCCGACACACCACCGCCACGCAAUCAUCCCGGAUUCGCCUUCUGGAAGAACGCGCCGAAGCAUCUGAUAAGGAACACGUCCAAUUAGCAUCUGAGCUCGUCCACGCCAAGGUUGAGAACGAGGAACUCCGAGACCUAACAGAAGCCCUCAAUCUGCAGGUUAGCGAGCUGAAGAACGUCGUGGACAAGCAACCCGCCGAGGUGGAGGAGAAGCUCCGCCUAGAGAUGGAACGCAUCAUGCAGCGCAACAUCGAGGUGCAAAAUGAGAAUCGCUCCAUGGAGGAGAAUAUGGCGGAUAUGGAGAAGGAGUUGGUUGCUACUAAGAUGAAGUGGGCCGAGAUGUCCGAAAAUCACGAAACUCUUAAACAAAAAUGGAGUGAUCUCCGCCGAGCUCUUGAUUAA